AUGACGGGCAUUACUAUCGAAGUGGAGGAUGCCGGCCGGCCCUAUGACCAGUUCAUCCUCUUCGGAGACUCUAUCACCGAGAUGUCCCAUAACCAGACUCUUGGAUUUGCUUUCGGUGCAGGAUUGCAAGACGCUUACAGCCGUCGUCUGGAUGUGAUUAACCGGGGAUUCGGAGGAUAUACCACCGCUCAUGCCAUCAAGCUCCUCCCCCAGAUCUUCCCCUCUCCUCAGAUCGCCAAUGUCCGGCUCAUGACUAUCUUCUUUGGGGCAAACGACGCCUGUGUACCCACCCACAUGCAGCAUGUCCCUCUUGAAACCUACAAAGAGAAUCUGCAAAAGCUCAUUGAGCACCCUGCUACCCGGGCCCAGAAUCCCCGCAUUAUCAUCAUUACUCCCCCGCCUAUCAACGAGUACCAACUCGAGGGCUUUGAUAAUGCUAAGGAUACUCCCCAUCCUAGCCGGACCGCUCAUUUGACCAAGAUCUAUGCCGAGGCUGCUAAGGAGGUUGGUGCCUCGCUGAAUAUCCCCGUGGCGGAUAUCUGGACCUCGUUCAUGUCGACUGUUGGCUGGGAAGAGUGUCAGGCAUUGAUUGGUUCCCGAGAUGCGCCUAAUAAUGAGCAGUUUAGCAAGUUGUUCACUGAUGGACUGCACCUCACGGGGGAUGGAUACCGGAUCGUCUAUGAAGAGGUGCUUAAGACUAUUCGGGCCAAUUGGCCAGAUCAAGAUCCUGCAGCUCUGCCAAUGGUGUUUCCUGGAUAUGUUGAGGCCCCUCGGUGA